GGUUGAGAGAGAUCGUCCCCGCGCGCAUUGCACAGGGCAGGUCCGCGCAUCCACCGACAUUGCCGAUGUUUACCCCGCUGUUGUAAAUUGUCUGCGAGGCAGAGAUGUCGAAGACAGUUCAGUGAGGAGGAAAACGUGCUCGAUCACCUUUGUUUAACCCUGUUCACAAAUGGAAGAAGGGAUGUUUUACUCGCAAGCACGGCGGCCACGCAUGCAGUUUUCUGUGGUUGGCUGCAUUUUGUGAGUGCUUGACUGAACUGCGCGCCAUCUCAUCGCUGCUGAGCAAAACUGCUGAUUGAAGAAGAGGCACACACGUGGCGUUGAGAUGGCUAUUUCACGAGGUGAUAUUGGACCAACGGAGACCAUGAAGAAAUCUGGAGAGAUUGUGGUUUCCGAUCCUUACAAGCCUCUGAAGCAUUUCAUCCUGCAGGCGCUCUCCUUUAAGCAAGCGGGUGAUUCUUCGCAGUACGACAUGCUUCUGGAGUACGUAAAGGAUUUGCAGGAUGGCGAUGGGUUGAUUGCAAAGGUUCUGAGCCAGUGUGUUUCGCAGAUUGAUGAGAAAGACCACUACCAGUUGCUUCUCCAGAUGUUCAAGCCGAGCCUCUGGAAAUGCAGCAGUGAGGUGCAAGAUGCACUUCUUGAGUUCACUAUUCACUUGGUCUCAGCGAAUGGACGUUGUGUGCAAUUGUGCCUCGAAUGGCUCAUCUCCAACUUCUUCUUACCAGGUCGAGUUCCUGGCAGUGCUGCUGCACUUGCAGGUGGAUUUACCAGUUCGCAAGAGGAUUGCCUUGCGCGAAAGGAGGAAGUGUGUGAAAAGCUACAUGGGGCCCUACAGAAGGUGAUCGAACUUGUGCCAACCGUGCACAUGAGGCUGGUACCACUGAUCCUGCGGAGGAAGCCGUAUCGGCUACUAGACAAGGAGAUGCAGUGCCUCUAUUUGGAAAAUGUGCUGCGACUGGCAAGAGAGAGUACUGGGACUCUGAGCAAUCGACUGCUUGUGGUGGUUGUCGAUCACCUCGUCGAGAUCGAUGUGGAGAUCAGAUGGGAGCUGAUCAUGGAGGAGAAGAGUGCUAAGGAAAUACUUGUAUUCGAUGUAGAUUUGGAUGACGAGCAGGAGCCCAAGGAGGGAGACAACAACGAAUGGGAGGUGGAUCUUGCCAAAGAUGGCACAGAGGGUGCUCCUGGAGAGGAGGCGAUCCUUGCAAAGGGGCAGGGUCGAGGAAAGUCCUUCAACAGUCAGAGUCUGCAAACCUUGGAUGCGAUGGCAGACAAGAUGGACUCCAUUAUGGAGAUGACCUUUGAAUAUGUCCAAAGGCAGACUGAGGCUGGCAGGCUUUCAGAGGCUUUUGAUGCUCUAAUCCAUUCCUUCAAGACGACCAUACUACAUACCUACAAGGCCAAGUUUGUCCAGGUAAAAUGGGAAACUCUGCUCUUGGUAGUCACUUUCGUAUCACCUUUAACAUAGUUACGACCCUGGAUGUAUUUUGAGGUUAAUGAAAACUGUUUGAAUGU